AUGUUUGAGGUGAUUACGUCAGAGGCAAGUUAUCUGAGAAGUCUAAAUAUUCUGAUGUCACAGUUCAUCAAAUCAGAAGAGUUGAACGCAGGCUCCUCGCUGUGUGUUUUAGAACGAGGCCACUCACAUGUGCUGUUUUCUAAUAUCAACUCCAUCAAGUCUGUCAGUGAGAAGUAAGUUAAUGCGGUCUCUCUGUAAUAACAGUUUUAUUAAGUAUGUAGAGGUUGAUGAUUCUUAGGCUAUGUUUAACUCUUUAAGCCCUAAUAUCGACAUACUAAUUCUCCACAGUGAUCUCGGUACAUUUCUUAAAGAUUCAAUCGAGAGAAUUUGAUAAACGAUCAAAGCAAUUUUCUCAUUGGUGAUCACUCUCGAGACUUCCGGAUAGUUCUUGCGUCUACACGAAAACCAUACCGGAUAGGACUUCCGUUGACAUACAAGAACAAUGAUUUCGGCGCGAUUUCUUUAAGGCUAACGGCGAACUUAUAAGUGAAGCGUCACAUACUGGAUAGGUUCUGUGUCACACUUUGGUGCAGUGUUACCGUUUUCCGACUCUGGAGGAAGUGAAUAUGAAAUUAAUUUUUGCGAGCUUCAUCGGCCAAUUUGAUCACCAAGGUGAUUAUAUGAAGAAUUGCUGCCAUUUUCUUAAUCAGUUUAUUUUCGUUUCGUUGUUUGUUUAUUUUUGUUUGUUUUUUUUUAUUGUUUGUUUGUCGGCGUUGUCAUUUUAAAAUGGGCUUGUUUUUUUCUAUGAAUCAAAGCCAAGGUAUUUACCUAAACGAAUGUUUCACUUUAUGGUUAGAAUGUUUGUUGCUGAUCACUUGUUUGUUAUCUUGUAGCUUUCUCCAGGCCUUGCGUGCACGCCAGACGGAAGCUGUGCUUAUGUCAUCUAUCAGUGACAUUAUUGAACAACACGUAAGUUAA